AUGAUAUCCCUGUCGGCCACGACUGUACUCCGGUCAGACUGGGAGUCCUUCUACCCUAUACUACGCUAUUGCCUCGCAAUUUGGAUCUACAACCUCUACUUUCAUCCUCUCGCACAUUUCCCUGGCCCACUCCUUGGGCGCGCGUCUUUGCUCUGGCGUUUCAUCCACACUUCAACAGGAAAGGUUCAUCUCUCGAUUGAGAAACUGCACAGGCAAUAUGGCCCAAUCGUGCGUGUCUCGCCGAAUGAACUGUCCUUUGGCUCCGUCGAGUCCUGGAAAGCAAUCUACGGACACCCCACGGGAGAUAGGCCCAUGCCCGUAAAGGCCGGCUUCUACGAUGUAUUCAGCGCAGGGUUCAGCCGGAAGGAUAUUGGCAGCGAGCGGGAUCCGCACAAACAUGCAGCCAUGCGCAGGAUGCUGUCCCCGGCGUUUUCGCAGCGCGCCCUACUGGAGCAAGAGAAAAUUAUCAGCGAGAUCAUCGACCGCUUCGUACGGAUCGUCGGGGAAAAGGCGCCGCCGGGAACCAAGGGCAUCAAUAUGACCAAGUGGUUUGAGAUGAGCUCGUUUGACAUUCUCGGGGAGAUGGCGUUUGGGGAGUCCUUUCAUAGUCUCGAAGCGGGCAAACCGCAUUUCUGGGGUGAUCUCAUUGUGGAGCAUCUGUAUUUCAUCACUCUCGUCGACAACCUCAGACGGAUCGGCGCAAUUGCAACUCUCUUCCGAUACUUGAUUCCAUCAUCUGUUCUCACUCAGAGCAAGAAUUCGCAAUACAGUCGAAACCAAGUUGAAAAAUGCUUGGCCUCGAAGGCUUCGCGGAAGGAGUUUAAGAAAGAGGAGAUGGCGGCUCAUGUGUCCACCUUUGCUAUUGCUGGCGGAGAGACCGUCUCAACCUUCCUAGCAGGGACCACCUGUUUUCUCCUGCAACAUCCCGACAAGCUGGAUCGCCUUGUCUCGGAGAUUCGAGGGGCAUUCCAGUCCUAUGAUGAGAUCAAAGCACAGGCGGCCCAGCAGCUGCCAUACCUGCAGGCAGUCAUCAACGAAGGCCUCCGGCUUUGUCCUCCCGGCUCGCAAGGAUCUCCACGCAUUUCUCCCGGUUUCGAGCUACACGGCCGGUAUAUUCCAGAAGGGGCCGAAAUCUACACCAGUCCAUGGACAACGGCGCAUGAUCCCAAGUACUUCGCCAAUCCCAUGGAAUUCAUUCCAGAACGCUGGUUGGAUCCAUCCUCAAGGGAUAUCAAGGAAGCGAGCCAGCCUUUGUUGCUAGGUCCCAGAAGCUGUAUCGGGAGAAACUUUGCAUACAUGGAGAUGAAUCUGCUGAUGGCCAAAUUAUUCUGGACGUACGACUUGGAACUCGUGAACAAGAAUAUCAACUGGCUUGCAGAGGGCCAAGUUCACGUCUUGUGGUGGAAACCCAAGUUGUUCAUUCGCUUCCACAAGCGAGCAACCUAG